ACAUUUCUUAUGCUUAAAUGAUCCCAUCGCGUGGACAUUCAGCAUCGGUCAAAUCGGUCGGUCGUUAUCAGGCGAAUAGUUUAUCACGCACAGUUCUCAGAAAGACUUAAAGAGUGAGCGCAGUUGUCGGUCGUGUGAACCGUAAUCGAUAAAUCGAUUUGCGUUUACACCUUUUAUGAAUUCAGUUGUAAACAAGUUAUAAAUAAUUGCCACAUAUGGUGUGUGGUUCUGAUUAAUAUGAUAGUAAAAAAAAAAACUUGUAGCUAAAGAAGCCUAAGUUCAUCUUUUGUUCAGCCUGACUGGUACCCCCAGCGGGGACAGUAGCGCAAAUAUCAGAGAGGGGAGAGCGAGGGAAGGAGAGACAGGCGACCACUGGUGGACUCAGCUGAGCAUAUUGCGCAUCACAUUCACGACUCACGCCUUGUUCACUGUUGAACAUAAGGCUUGAAGAGAGGUUGUGUAGGCUCUCUGCUGCUGUUCUUAGUGUCUGGAGUGGAUUAUAGCUGCUUUAGGUACGACAAUUUCCAUAUUUCAAUCAGGCUGUGACUGCGUUUCAAUUUAAAGAUGAACCAAACCGCCACGGUCUCUCAAGUGAAGUGUCAGCCCUCCAAAACCAUAAAGGAUCUGGGUGGGGUGAGCCCUCCUCAGAGGAACUGGAAGGGGAUCGCCAUUGCUCUGCUGGUUAUUCUGUUGGUCUGUUCACUAAUCACCAUGUCGGUCAUCCUCCUAACACCAGUGGACACUCUGGCUGGCAGUGAUACUAAGCUGACAGUGGAGGAUCUGUUUGGUCCACAUUUCUACGUACACGAUCCUGAGGCUCGCUGGAUUAAUGAAUCGGACGUCAUGUACAGGAACCGUAAUGGCCAUGUGAUUAGGUUCAGCAUCCUCACCAAUGAAACAGAGAUCAUUCUGAAGAACAGCACAUUUACUGAUUUUAAAGCCACUAAGUACUCAAUCAGCCCUGAUUUGAAGUAUGUGCUUUUUGCAUAUGAUGUUAAACAGGUUUACCGGCACUCUUUCACAGCUUCCUACAUAAUCUACAACAUUCACACCAGGGAGGUGUGGGAGUUGAAUCCUCCAGAGGUGUCUAACGCCAGACUGCAGCAUGCUGCGUGGGGGGUGCAAGGUCAGCAGCUGGUGUAUAUCUUUGAGAAUAAUAUAUUUUACCGGUCGGAAGUGAGGAGUGACUCGCUUAGACUAACUUCGUCCGGGAAAGAGGGUGUUGUGUACAACGGCAUCACUGACUGGCUAUAUGAAGAGGAGAUCCUGCAUACACACGUGGCUCACUGGUGGUCUCCUGAUGGCGAGCGUUUGGCAUUCCUUGUGCUGAAUGACAGUCUGGUGCCCAACAUGGUGCUGCCCACCUUUACAGGUGCCACAUACCCCAAAGGCAAACAGUACCCAUACCCUAAGGCAGGUCAGCCCAACCCUGUGGUAAAACUAUUUGUGGUGAAUCUUUAUGGGCCAGCUCAUACUCUUGAACUCACACCUCCUGAUGGGAUCAAACUCAGGGAACACUAUGUGGUGAUGGUGAAGUGGAUAAGUAAGACAAAGACAGCUGUUAGGUGGUUGAAUCGAGCUCAGAACGUCUCUAUUCUGACUGUGUGUGACUCAACUACAGGAGCCUGCAUUAAGAGGCAUGAAGAAACAUCGGAGCUCUGGCUCUCCAAACAGAACCAGGAGCCCUUCUUCUCUCGAGAUGGUAGUCGCUUCUUCUUGGCCGUUCCCGUGAAGCAGGGCGGGCGUGGAGACUUCCACCACGUUGCCAUGUUCACCAUGCAGGGUAGGGCGGAUCAAAACGAGGUGCGUCACCUGACAUCAGGAAAUUGGGAAGUGACAGAGAUUCUGGCCUAUGAUGAGAACUCCCAGACCAUAUACUUCUUAAGCACAGAGGGGUCUCCAAGAAAACGUCAGCUUUUCAGUGUGUCCACAGUUGGUCUGUUCCCACGGCGAUGUUUAACUUGUGAUCUGCACAAAGCUAACUGCACAUUUUUUAGCGCUGACUUCAGUCCAACACAUCACCACAUCAUACUCCACUGUAAAGGACCUGGUGCCCCCACAGUGAUUCUCCACACACUCAACACAGCCAAUUAUUUUGUCCUGGAGAAUAACUCUGUCCUCAAAGCGGCCCUGAGACACAAGAGGAUCCAGCUCACUGAAUAUAAAAUCCUGCAGACUGACCGAUUUGACCUGCCUAUGAAAAUUGCCUUCCCGCCCGACUUCUCUGACUCGCGUCAUUACGGACUCCUGCUGAUGAUAGGCGGCGCCCCUGGUGGUCAACAGGUGGAUGACAGAUACUCAGUGGACUGGGACUCAGUGCUGGUCAGCUCUGACAACAUCAUCGUGGCUCGCCUGGACGGCAGGGGCAGUGGCUUCCAGGGUCAGAAGAUUCUCCAGGAAGUGCACAGGCGCCUGGGUGUGGUGGAGGUCCAGGAUCAACUCGCUGCUUUGGAAUACCUGCUGAAAUUUCCAUAUAUUGAUCGGACCAGAAUAGGAGUGUUUGGUCAGGGUUAUGGAGGGUAUGUUGCACUCCUGCUAGUGAAAUCCACAGAGAGUCUAUUUAAAUGUGCUGUGGCCAUGUCACCAGUAACUGACUGGAAGCUACAUGCUUCAGCCUUCUCUGAGUGCUACUUGGGGACUCCCUUACAGGAUGACAGCAGGUACCAGGCCUCCAGUGUACUACAGAACAUGCAGGGGUUUAAGGACCAAACACUGAUGCUUGUACAUGGAACUGCAGAUGCGAACAUUCACUUCCAGCACUCAGCCGAGCUCAUUAAGAACCUGGUGAAACUGGGAGCCAACUAUACAAUGCAGAUUUAUCCAGAUGAGGGUCACUUCCUGUCAGUGCAGAGCAAGCAUCAUCUCUCAGCUUCUCUGAGCAGCUACUUCCGGUCCUGCCUGCAGGAGGAUCCCCUGCCUCUCAGUGAGGAGGAAGAGGAGGAGGAAGAGUAAUGCAGAGCGUGUACCUACAGCAGGACCUGUGCACACACACACCCGCACACCCAGACACACUCCUGCACAGACACACGCACCUUGCCAAGACUCUGCUGAGCCUGAACUGAUGGAGAAAAAGAUUGCAUAUGAGAAAGAGUGUGAGUGAGAGAGACAGUGUGAGUAUGAGUGUGAGUGUGUGUGUGUGUGUGUUUGGGCAUGCUUUGUGAGCAUGUGUUUGAAUGGUUGGUUAGAUUUGUAUAUAUGCAUGUGGGUACGUGUUGGUGUUUAGACAAUAUGGAUGUAUAGGAGUGUGUGACUGAGAGGUGUGUGUGCAUAUGUAGGUAUGCUUUUGUGUGUUUGUGUAUACCUGCGGAUAUGAAUAAUGGACAGUUGUCACUGGAGAUGGAAUUUGGUUGCCAGGACAACAAUGGAAUUUUUCACAUAUCAGAAAUCACUGAGAUCUUAAGGUGGAUGUUUUAUGACCACAGCGCAGACUUUUCUGAUUGAUCCUUGAUUUGGCCAAUCAAUGCGCAGACUGUCUGUCCGCAUGGAGCUGGUCCAGCCACACAGCUGCAUGGGUUUUUUUUCUGGUCAUUUGUGUGUGGUAGAUGUCAGGACAAGAACACUGCACUUCACCUGUGACUGCACAAGAAAACACUCACUGUCUCCAUGACAACCACUCUAUCCAAGAAGAAUAACAGUUCCCAUCAAUUAUCCCACACACACUGCAAGGAUGAAACUGUUGUAUAGACUGUUGUGCAUGUGCGCACAGACAUGCACAUACUACACAAACACACAUCACCAUUGAUCCAUAAUAAAGAACUGCUAUUAUUGAUCAGUGACCAACAUGGCCAUUCACACACACACACACACACACACACACACACACACACACACACACAAACCUCUCCUGUUGGAAGCCCUUGUUGGAUGAUCAGAGACUUAGAAGCAUUGUCCAUACAUAGAACAUACAUGUUAAACAGCUGUUUUCAGUAACCACAUCAGUUUUCAAGUAGUGUGUCAAUGUAUCCAAGCGGCAGCUGCACUGUGGGUUUCAAUUUUGAGUUGAGAGUAGUAUCACAUAUGCCAGCUACAGAAGCUUUAUGUUGCAGUCCUCAAAUGCAGUGAGACUGCCUGGGUAGUUUUUAGUGUGUUAAUUAUUUCCAAGCAGUUUGAGAGUAAAUGGAAUCUUUUGUAUCCAGAGUAAUUUCUCCAUUCUGUUAGUACAGAAGUAUCCACAGCAUACACAAUAAUCUGUUUUUCUUUUGCUAUUAUUUGUAAUCAUUUCAUUAUUUUAGUAAAUUAUUAAGGUGACACCAGUGACAACAGACUUGAAAGGACAUCUUGCUGAUAUUGUUUAUUGGUAUUCUGGAAUACUGGGGAAUUUUGGGAUGCCAUGGUUGUGAGCUUAAAACAUGUUCAAAUGUGACUUCAUAACAGGUUAUUGAUCAGUCCACAAGCGUUUUGAAUGUGAAAACUGAGAUAGAACUGUACAAUGUUUCAAUCUUUAAUGUAGGCAUCAAGCCAUGGCGUGGACAGAGCCUGUAUCAGUGUGCAUGCGUGUGUGUAUAUAAUAGACUUCAGAAAAGGCAGUGUGAUUUGUACAGAAGCGUGUGUCCAGUACAUCCAUACCACACAUUUUUGAGACGUAUGAGAUCUCGUAAUACUCCACCCAGCAGGACAGAUCCAGUUAUCAGUGCAUAGCUGUUUGUGUUGAAUUGUUUGUUUAUCUUUUGGGGGCUUUUGUAAUGCUGAUUUGCUGUUUUUGGCUUUAUUUUUUUGGUGGGGGUUGGUGAAUGGGGGUGAGGGCGACUGAAGAUUUGUCCUCUAGUAACAACUAUAAAUAAAGAACUCAUCAAAACAGC